CAGCGCGACAGUGGACCAUAGCCGAUUAGACGGCGGUGGCUGAUUGGCUUAAAGUUAGCGGGGGAAGGAGUACAAGCAGAAAAGUCAAUGAAAACUGUUGCCAUCAAUAUGAAAAUGAAGUAAAAAAACAAAGAACCCAAAUAAAAAAAAAGAGCCGCCUUUUCUAAUUUCUUUGCUGCUUUUUGCCGAAAAAAUUUUUCAUUACUAUUAUUCUUCAAUUCUCUGUAACCAAUUCUCAGAAAAAGAAAGACUGAAUUUUUUAGAGAUGUAUGGUUUGCAGCCUCCUCCACCAGAUUUGGCCAGUGAAGCUAACCAUGGAGACGGUUUCAUUAGAACUUAUAAAGCUUGGGAGGGCAGCAAUGUAUUUGUUUUGGGGGGAAGGCUUAUAUUUGGACCUGAUGUGAGAUCCCUUUUCUUCACCAUCUUCUUAAUUGCUGCUCCUGUUGCUGUCUUCUGUGUCUUUGUGGCAAGAAAGUUGAUGGAUGACUUUCCUCAUCACUUGGGGCUAUCCAUAAUGGCUGUUGUUGUGGCUCUCACUUUAUGUGAUAUAAUUCUUCUUCUAAUAACCUCAGGAAGAGAUCCUGGUAUAAUUCCACGAAACUCUCACCCUCCUGAACCUGAAGGUUAUGAAGGAAUUGCUGAAGUUCUGCCUGGCCAAACUCCACCAUCACGUUUUCCGCGUGGAAAGGACAUUGUUAUCAAUGGUAUAAGUGUGAAGAUCAAGUACUGUGAUACUUGUAAGCUGUAUAGACCUCCCCGAUGUUCUCACUGUUCGAUAUGCAAUAAUUGCGUGGACAGAUUUGACCAUCACUGCCCUUGGGUUGGUCAGUGUAUUGGACUGCGGAAUUACAGGUUCUUCUUCAUGUUUGUCUUCUUUGCAACUCUUCUUUGCUUAUAUGUGCAUGGAUUUUGCUGGGUGUAUAUCAGGAGGAUCAUGGAUGGCGAGAAGACAACAAUCUGGAAAGCAAUGACUAAAACUCCUGCCUCCAUUGUGCUAAUAAUCUACACCUUCAUUUCAGUCUGGUUUGUUGGUGGACUAACUGUCUUCCAUUUGUAUCUAAUCAGUACAAACCAGUCUACGUAUGAAAACUUUAGAUACCGCUACGAUCGUAAUGAGAAUCCAUACAACAAAGGAGUCAUUGAGAACUUCAUGGAGAUAUUCUGCACCAGCAUCCCUCCAUCCAAGACAAGUUUCAGGGCGAAGAUUCCAAAGGAACCUGCUAUUCCACCUAGAACAUUGAAUGGAGGUUUCAUCAGUCCAAACAAGGGGAAAGCCAUUGGUGACAUAGAAAUGGGAAGGAAGCCAGUUUGGGAUGAGGCUUUAGGAGAGAGAGGCGAUUACGAAGGACAAAUCAGCAGUGAAAGCAUGGACAAGGACAGCGGAUUGCCCAACGUGUCUCCUGAUUUAAGUAGGAUCCUUCCCCCAGAGAACACGGAGGGGCGUGGUGUCAUGCAUCAUCCUAGGCGUUCUAGUUGGGGAAGAAAUAGUGAAAGAUGGGAAAUAUCACCUGAGAUUCUUCCUUUAUCCAAAGUUGGAGAAUCAAAGAGGAUGAACAGUAGGAGCAUUGCUGAAUCUACAAACGAGAAUCAACAAUUUGAAACAAAAUUCUGACCUGUAAAUUAAACAGGAGAAAAAUAUUAUAAAAGUCUUUUUUUUUUCCUUUUUUGUCUCUAGAAGAAGAUGAAAAUGAAAAGAAGAGGAGAAAAAGCGGUGUGGAUUUGGGUUGGUGUUGAUUGGAAACUAAUGCUCUUAGGUUGUUAAUUUUUCACAUGCAAAACUGUGUUGUAGUGUCAUUGGUUUGGUUCAUACGAAUUUUUGGGGCUGUUUUAUUCGUCCCCAAGAGAAAAGAAUAAUCUCUCCAUGAGUUUUCCUUUUUCCCCCAUUUUUCUUCUCUCCUUAGAGCUUGCAAUAUUCAGCCUUGGCUUGUUGCUUUCUUCUGGCUGUCUGAUUUUCUAGUGGUUUUAAGUCAUUCCUGAGUGUGUACCUUGCACAAACUGAGGCUUUAAUUAAUGAUCGUUACUAAAGGUGCAAUCAAUUGACAAAGAAACAUGCUUCGCUCGCGUUAGAAAGUGACAAUGGUGAUGGUGAUUCAUGAUAUCCCUUCAAAGCAUCAAUAAAAAGGUGCUUAAAUUGGUGUUACUCGUGGAUUUUCAUGUAAGCACAAUGGUGGUGCCAGGAUGGGGAUUCCUUUAAACAACCGAAUGUGCCAUUGGAGCUUACUAUUGACUAAUUUUCUCCAUAUACCCUAGUGUUAUAGGUACCCUGGCAUGUAAAACUAGAAAUAAUGGCACAAUAAAAUGCUUGCAAGAUUGUUAGUCACCAUUAAUAACUGUGUGCCUCCAACUUC